UUCGAUUCAUGAUCACUGUAUUGUAUUUUUAUUUAUAAUAAAAAGAUUAUAUUAUUUAUUUAUUUUUCUUCCUCUAUUUUCUCAUAUCAUUUUAUUUGUUGCAUGUGUACUUUUUUCUUUAUCUAUUACAAGCAAAUUUACAUAUUCUGGCGGAGCUCACAAUUUAUUGUAGUUCCUCAUGAUUAAACCCUUUUCAUUUGGAAAAAAAAAAUUUACAUCUUCGAAAAAUGAAUAAAGAACAAGAAUUAGAAAAUAGACAAUUACAAAAUGAAGAGAUUAUGGCACUAGAAGCUAUUUACCCUGACGAUUUUCAUAAAGAUGAAACAUCAUCGGAUGCAUAUAUUUUCACACUUAAUCUAGAUCAAGAUGAUGAUACAAUACGAUCACCGCGUAAAGUUAUUUUAAGAUUUUUUUUACCUCCCACUUAUCCGAAUCAAGAUAUGCCCAUCUAUGAAAUAGCUUCCAUCUAUUGCGGUACAAAAAAACUAGAUAAUGACAUGCUAGAGGCAAUUGAUGUAGGCUUUACUUCACUUUUUAUGCCUACUCAAGUAGUUUUGUUUGAAUGGAUAAGCUGGUUACGUGAUUAUUUAGAGGAACAUGUUGAAAAAUAUGUGAUAGAAGAAGAAACGGAAAUAUCAAAUGCAUUGUCCCAACUUCAAGUGGAAGAGGGAAAUGUAGACGAAGAAGAAGAAGAGGAAAUCUAUGAUUUUAAUCCUGAAGAUCAUUAUAAAAAGGAGACAUCGGCUCAACAAGACGAUUCUCAUGAUCGUCCUACUGUACGCUCAUUAAUGGGCCCCAACAGUUAUCAUACUGAAACACCUCCUUCAAUUUUUUCAAGUGAACCUUUGGUUGAUCGAAAGUCUAUCUUUGUUGCUCAUGUAGCUCAAGUUCAUACUAUUCAUCAAGUAAAAGUAGUAGUGGCUCAUUUGUUACAAAAUAAGAAAAUUGCAAAGGCAACACAUAAUAUUUUAGCAUAUCGUAUUACAAUGCCAGAUGGAAAGGUGCUUCAAGAUAACGAUGAUGAUGGAGAGUCGGCUGCAGGCGGUCGUCUUUCACAUUUAAUGCAAAUUUUAGAAGUAGAAAAUGUAGUAGUCGUAGUAACUAGAUGGUUUGGUGGUAUUCAUUUAGGUCCUGAUAGAUUUAAAGAUAUUAAUAAUAUUGCGCGUAGUGCUCUAAGUGAGUGUGGAUUUAUCAAAGACAAACAUGAAAAUAAACACAAAAAGAAAAAAUAAUAAUAAAAUGAAUUCUCCGCGUAGUAUUCGGCUUUUUCUUUUUC